GAUUACCAAUUACUAUAAGCUUUACAAGCUCUCAGAUUCAAAAUCCAGCUCCAAUAUCUUUCACAGCCACCUGACUGACAUUUCACCCUUAAAUCUUCCCACUGAGUCCAGUUCAUUCAUGAUGAGCGCUGAAUCCAAUGAACCGAUCUCUUCCGAUGCAACCAAUCUACAUCAUCCGGACUACUCCGAAAAGCAGGUUUACGAAGCUUCCAAUGUUACCGAUAUCAAUAAUACGAAUGACCCCGAUAAGCAAAUUCGUGAAGCCUCUGAUGAGUCAGACGUAGGUCUUGACCCGGUCCCUGAUCCGAAAUCUGAAGGGAGUACUCGACGGGGGCUGAAAUCUCGGCAUGCACAAAUGAUUGCAUUGGGUGGUACAAUUGGUACCGGCUUAUUUGUUGGAAGUGGACAAGCCCUUCAUGCUGGAGGACCUGCGUUUCUCUUUCUUGCUUACUGUCUAAUCACGAUAUUUGUGUAUGGAAUUGUUACGGCGACUACAGAAAUUAGUGCAUAUAUGCCAGUUCAUGGAAGUACGAUGGCGUCAUAUGCCUCUCGCUACGUCUCUCCCAGUCUUGGGUUCGCUAUGGGUUGGCUGUAUUGGUAUUCUUUCGCUAUGGUUGUUCCCUACGAGAUCACUGCGGCUGGAUUGGUUAUUGACUAUUGGCCAAAUGAUAUAAACAUCGCCGUGUGGAUUACCAUCCUUCUCUUGGUCAUUAUCGGCUUGAACUGCUUUCCGGUGAAAGUAUAUGGAGAGGCCGAGUUUUGGUUCGCUUCUCUAAAAGUAUUCAUGAUCAUCGGUCUCUUGAUACUUUCGUUCAUCCUCUUUUGUGGUGGAGGACCAUCACAUCAGCCAGUUGGGUUUCAUUACUGGAAAAAUCCAGGAGCAGCUAAAGAAUAUCUUGUCGGCGGAUCCGCGGGAAGAUUUUGCGCUUUUUUGUACGUCUUAGUCUUCUCCUGCUUUUCCUUCAACUUCGCACCCGAAUUGCUUGUCAUUACUGGAGGGGAAAUGGAAUCACCACGUCGCAAUCUUCCAACCGCCGCCAAGCGAUACUUCAUUCGACUUCUCAUUUUUUAUAUUGGGGGAACCCUUGCAAUAGGCGUCAUUGUAAGCAGUAACGCGCCAGGCUUGAUUGGUGGUGGAGCCGGCGCAGCAUCGUCACCCUGGGUUAUAGCAAUCAAAGAUGCUGGCAUCUCCGGAUUAGAUAGUGUCAUCAAUACGGUGAUCAUUACGUCUGCAUGGUCUUCGGGAAACUCCUACCUCUAUAUGUCAAGUAGAUCUUUGUAUUCCCUCGCACUCUCUGGAAAUGCACCAAAGGUGUUCAAAAAAUGCAACAGAUGGGGUGUACCUUAUCCUGCGCUAAUCGCAAGCUCCAUGUUCUCACUUCUGGCCUAUCUCAACUGCGCCAGUAAUGGCGUACAAGUUUUCAACUGGUUCAUCAAUCUCACUAAUACUUCUGGAUUUAUUUCCUGGAUCUGUUGCUGUGUAGUCUUUUUCCGUUUUUGCAAGGCAUGUGUUGCACAUGAGAUCACGGAUCUACCAUACAGAUCGCGUUUUCAGCCUUAUUUAGCUUACAUCUCGAUCUGCGCUUUUACAGUUCUUCUUCUUUGUAAUGGCUUUAGCGUUUUCUUUCCUAGUAAAUGGAGUGUGUCGUCUUUUCUCGCAGCUUAUAUUGGUCUUCCUAUUUUCCUCACUAUUUAUUUUUGCCAUCGCAUAUUCCACCGGUCAGAUGAAUGGAUGCUGAAUCCAGCGAAUGUUUACAUGACGAGUGGUUUAGAAGAGGUUUUGGCUACUGAAACUGAUGCUCCUGGGAGAACAGGUCCCUGGUACCACAGUUUAGGGAAGAUCUGGGAGUAGCGUAUUUUCCAGUGGGUUUGCAGAUUUAGUUUUGGUUCUUGCGUUCUAAGAGUUAGUUUCGGCUGGCCAACAACUUUUUGUUAGCACUUUAAAAACAAUUCGACUAAAUUUAUAUAAAAUGUGAGAACCCCGUCGCA